AUGAAACCACCGAAGGCAUCCCAGCAUUUUAGAAGCAUUCGGAGAAACGCCAACCAGCACUACUUCUAUCAGGAGUCCCUGCUGCUCAGCAACUUGGAGGACAGCUUUUCUGCCGAUGAAACGGGGGACAGCCAUGAUCCAGAACAAAUCUUCCAGAACAUACAGUUCCAGAAAGAUCUCAUGGCAAACAUUCGCUGUCGACCCUGGACCAUGGGGCAGAAGCUGAGGGCGCUGAGGCGAGCAAAGGACAUUGUGCUGAAGUUUGAAGGGCGGUUGACCAGGACUCGAGGCUACCAAGCGGCCAGUGCAGAGCUGUGGCGGAAGUUUGCUCGUCUGGCCUGUAACUUUGUGGUCAUCUUCAUCCCCUGGGAAAUGAGGAUAAAGAGAAUCGAAAGUCAUUUUGGAUCUGGUGUUGCCUCUUAUUUCAUAUUCUUGAGAUGGUUAUUUGGAAUCAAUAUUGUGCUCAUGAUUAUGACAGGUGCUUUUAUUGUUCUUCCAGAGCUCAUUGCAGGCCAACCAUUUGGAAGCACAGCCAGCAAGACCAUCCCCAAGGAGCAUAUUGCAUCUGCCCAAGAUCUGGACACCGUUUGGUCUCUAGGGGGUUAUCUCCAGUACUCAGUCCUCUUCUAUGGCUACUACGGCAGGGAGAGACGGAUCGGGAGAGCUGGCUACCGGCUGCCCUUGGCCUAUUUCCUGGUGGGGAUGGCGGUGUUUGCUUACAGCUUUAUCAUCCUCUUAAAAAAGAUGGCUAAGAACUCCCGCACGAGCCUCGCCAGCGCUUCCAGUGAAAACUACACGUUCUGCUGGCGGGUGUUCUGCGCUUGGGAUUACCUCAUUGGCAACCCAGAGGCGGCAGAGAGCAAAACCGCAGCCAUCGUGAACAGCAUCAGGGAGGCUAUACUGGAAGAACAGGAAAAGAAGAAAAGCAAAAACCUGGCAGUGACCAUCUGCCUGCGGGUCGUGGCCAACAUCCUGGUGCUUGUCUCACUUGCUGGGAGCAUCUAUCUCAUCUACUUCGUGGUGGACCGGUCUCAGAAGCUGGCACAGUCCAAGAAGGAGCUGACACUCUGGGAGAAGAAUGAGGUGAGUGUGGUGGUCUCCCUUGUCACCAUGCUGGCACCAUCGGCCUUCGACCUUAUCGCCGCCUUGGAGAUGUACCACCCACGAACCACACUGCGCUUCCAGCUGGCAAGGGUUCUUGUACUCUAUCUGGGGAACCUCUACAGUCUGAUCAUCGCCCUCCUGGACAAAGUUAACAGCAUGAGCGUUGAGGAAGCCACUCCCCAAAAUAGCACAAGUCACUGGAUAGAUUCUACCUUUGCCACCAGGGCAGCCCCCGGAGAAGAGAGAUGGUCCACACUUGGGCCUGGAAUAGGGCUCAGGAGAAACAGCACGUGGGCCUUGGAAGAGGCCAACAUUCCAACUUACAUCUCACCUCUCUCAGGAGCCAACAAGACCACAGUCUCCACCCGGAGUCCGCAAGACCAAUGCUGGGAGACCUACGUUGGACAGGAGAUGCUGAAGCUGUCUAUCAUUGACAUGCUCUUCACCGUGGCCAGCAUUCUGCUCAUAGACUUCUUCCGAGGACUUUUCGUUCGGUACUUAAGUGACUACUGGUGCUGGGACCUGGAAAGCAAGUUUCCUGAAUAUGGGGAAUUCAAAAUUGCAGAGAACGUGUUACAUUUAGUCUACAACCAAGGAAUGAUUUGGAUGGGAGCCUUCUUCUCCCCAUGUCUCCCUGCCUUCAAUGUCCUCAAGCUCAUUGGGCUGAUGUACCUGCGCAGCUGGGCUGUGCUGACCUGCAAUGCGCCGCACCAGCAAGUCUUCCGGGCCUCCAGAUCCAACAAUUUCUAUUUGGCAAUGCUCCUGUUUAUGCUCUUCCUAUGCAUGCUGCCAACCAUUUUUGCUAUUGUCCGGUACAAACCAUCUCUAAAUUGUGGACCAUUCAGUGGACAAGAGAAAAUUUAUGACAUCGUAUCAGAAACCAUUGAGAAGGACUUUCCCGUGUGGUUUGGCUCUGUGAUUGGGUACAUCAGUAGCCCUGUGGUCAUCCUGCCAGCCGUACUGCUACUUUUCAUGCUCAUCUAUUACCUGCAGAGCAUCGCAAGAUCCUUAAAACUCAGCAACCACCAGCUCAGAAUGCAGAUCCAAAAUGCAAGUACUGCAAGAUCUGAAGAUAGGAAAAAGGUUGCCCAAAUGGUAGAAGCCCGAAUCCAAACCCAGGAUGAAACCACCAAGAGGUUUCCCAAGGACAGUGAUCUCGGCAGCCAGUUGUCCUCGGCUCACUCGGCGACACCCCAGAACAACGGCACUGUGGUCAAUUUUGACUCAUCAAGCAGCAGGAGUAGUAGGGUGGAGACCGUUGCCCAGCCCACGACUCCGAGCCCCCAGCCAGGGCCUGGCAGCCCCAGCUCCCCUCUUCCUGGCUUCUCCAGGUCUAGGCACUAUUCUACCAGGUAUCCAUGUGGCCCAUGUAUGAGCACAAGUGACCUUCAUAGGAGCAGAUCCUGCACACCUGGGAUGUUUACAAAACACAUUGAAGAUGUUCACUCAGAACCUCUUUUCCGAAAAGAUCUUCAGCCAAUCAACCAUGGGUCAGGGGUCUCAGCCUUGGUGCCACAUAGUCCUCGGUCCCAUGCCCCCAGAUACUAUCUCAUUAAUGAACGUGACUCUCAGCAAAAGAAACAUUCAACUUUCUGGCCAGAAAGACAUUUCAAGAUAGACACCAAGAUAGACACCUCCGGGGACACUGCAGAUAUGUACCACAGGAACAUGAGACGGUGUGCACCCCUGGCCUCUCCACAGCUCAGUGAAGAAGAGGAGGAGGUUCCGAGGAGACAGGUGAGCAGACGGGCCUUCCACCCUCGCUCCUUGACCGACCUCCACGGGGUGCAUCAUUUUUAUGUUGGCGAAAGUUCAGGAAGUCAGGCCCUGACUCCUGAGCUCCAGAGACCAACACAUUACACAUCUUGGAAUGAUGGCUUUGGGGGUCAACUUGACAGGUCAAUGUACAUGCACAAAAAAGCACGCUCCCAGAAUUUCCAAUACCCCCAGCACCCUCUGAAGCCCAGGGCUAAGGCCAAGUUUGAACCAUCCAUCACAGAAUCUGACUUCAUGUCAGCGGCAUCCAGCAGGGACCAGCAGAACAGUGGCACCAACCAGUACUUCCAGGUCACCCACAGCCAGCCCAAGUGCCCAAGAUCUGCGGGCCAGUUUGGCCGGAGGAAGGCAAUAUCGAGGCAGGAGUUGACUGCAGGUCUGAAUGACCUGAUUUGUUCAAACGUCUAG